UGUUGGAUUGUUCACAAGAUUAUUUUCGCGAGACAAUGGGUUCUUCGGAUGAUCAAAAGACCGACAAGUACAGGUCUUAUUUGUAUGAUGAAGGAGAAAAGAACACCCGUUGGAGAUUCGGUGCUGCCCCUAACUACGACGCUGUCAACAAACUCUUCGAGGAAGGCCGGACUAAGAUAUGGCCGGCUGGUUCGAUCGAGGAGAAGGUACAGAACCUAGUGAAAACCUUUGAAAUGGAGUUGUUCCACAAGACAAGACCCGAAGACUACAAAUCACUUGACCCCUACAAGCUCACUCUCAGCCUCAAUGGAAGGAAACCGAUGAGUAUGAAAGAAGUGGGGAUGAUAGGAGGAGGCUACAACUUCUUCCUCCAGACGGCUUUGCCUGAGGCUAUGCGGGGCUAUGACCCGGCCAGUGAGACUGUCGACACGUCCCACCUGGCGUUCACGACGACCUUCCCUAGAGGGUUCGUGCUGGAAGUCCUCGAGGUGUAUGCAGGGCCGCCCGUGAUGGUGUUCAAGUUCAGGCACUGGGGCCACAUGGAAGGCCCCUUCAAAAGCCAUGCCGCAACUGGAGAAAUGGUGGAGUUCUUCGGCAUUGGUGUCUAUGAGGUGGACGAGAACAUGAAGAUAGUGAGGGUGGAGUUCUUCCUUGACAGGGGAGAGCUUCUUGGAGGUCUGAUGAGAGGCUCCGCAGCGGACUCUGCUCACGCUCCAGACGAGGCGGCGGCGGCGGCGGCAGCCUCCUCGUCCUGCCCUUUCCUCAGGAGCACUGGAUGAGAUGAAGUAAAUCAAAUACUAUGGUCUACCGAGAAAAGAACCGAAUGCUAUGUUUAAGACAUUAAUAAGACUUCAUAUAUAUUAUUGUGGUGGGAAUUAAUGUACUGUUUCUGCGCAACAAUAAAUAACAUUUGGAUUAAUAAUGUGCAAAA